UUCUUGCCUGCUGCUUUGCAUCUCGAGGAGCAUAGAAGCUUUGUUCUUUGCUAGGAUUGUGCGAUACAACCAACAAUAGUGGGAGGGAAGAACAUGGAUACAGAGGGAAAGACGGAGAGUGAGAAGAUGAAUAAGGCAAUCGCGACGGCAUAUGAUGUCCAUUCCAAAAUACUGGAGGAAAUAGCUGGGGAUCACUUUCACAUCGGCUUCUAUGACUCUAGCACCAUUAUCCCAGGUACUGAUGUCCAUUCUGCUCAGACUCGUACAAUUGAGGCGGCCCUUCGUUUUGCCUCUGUAUCAGAGGAUCCAUCUAAGAAACCAAGAAACAUACUUGAUGUUGGAUGCGGUAUUGGUGGCAGCACCAGGUACCUAGCAAGUAAAUAUGAUGCUCAAGCUAAAGGCAUCACCCUAAGCCCUGUUGAGGCCGAAAGAGCUCGUGUUCUAACUGCUUCCCAAGGAUUAGAAAGCCAGGUCUCUUUUGAGGUGGCAGAUGCCUUGAAUCAGCAAUUUGAAGAUGGUGCAUUCGAUUUAAUUUGGUGUAUUGAAUGUGCAGAUCACAUAAACGACAAAACCAAGUUUGUUCAUGAGAUGAGUCGGUUGGCUGCCCCUGGUGCUACUAUUAUUUUACUCACUUGGUGCCACAGGGAUCUUUCACCCCUUGAACAGGAUUUGCAUCCAGAUGAGAAAAAGUUACUGAACCAAACGGAGAGUGGAAACCGUGUUAAGUGGAUUUCUGCUGCCGAUUAUAUAAAUUUAUUCAAGUCAUGCUCUCUUCAGGAUAUCAACUAUGCAGACUGGUCUCCACACGUUGCUCCACAUUAUGCAGAAAUGAGGAAGUCAACGUUGUCAUGGAAGGGAAUCAUGUCGUAUAUUAGACAUGUUGGAUGGAGGCAAUUGAGCAUCAGGGCGCUGAUGAUGCCGUCAUUGUUCGACAGAUUCAAAAAUGGUCAGCUUAAGUAUUGCAUUCUUACGUGCCAGAAGCCUAGGUAAUUCUAGGGAUGUUUAAUGUCCUUGUAUAAAUAUCACUCCACAGUCGAUAAUUUGCACUUAUGCUUUUCUUCCUCGAAAGCUAAUUUGUCUUGGAAUUGGAUUCUGAUUUGUGCUUAUUUGAACAGUUUUCAACAAUGUUUUGAA